AGGCAACACUAAACUUUUCUGCCGAAUUGAGGGGAAAUUGUGUUGAUCGAUACAUUUUCGGUGUUUUACGUUAAACUUUUCGUAGACUGUGUAAACUUAGUUAUAAUAUAAAGCAGUUCAACUGAGUUUUUUAUCCCCUAAAAUAAUAUAUUGCAAGAACAAAACAAUUUGCUGUUUUUGGAACCAGUGAAAUCCCGUUACACAUAUUUCAUUAUUGCCACGUUUUGUCGGCAUAUUACAUGACAAAUUAGUGUAAAAAUGUGUAUUUGUAUCUAAAAAGUUUAGUGAAUAACAGUUACAACCAUGUCCAGCAUGUCAGACCGUAAAGCGGAAUUGGAGCGGAAGAAGGCAAAGCUUCAAGCUCUGCGGGAAGAGAAAGAUCGGCGCCGUCGGGAGAAGGAACAGAAGGAUGCAGAGGAAGCACUGCAAAGAGCAUCAACAGCGUCAAGCCUGGAUAGCCGGCGUGACCUGGAUGAGAUGCUGUCGUCCCUGGGAGUGGCUCCUGUAAAGGAUGUGCUCUCCUCUCUCACUUCCAUAACCUCACUUACUCCACCGCAGACUGCAUCACCAGAUGCUAGUCUACCCCACACCGACAAAUCUAGUUUAGUUUCACAUGGUGGUCCAAAGAAGCUCCCGGCCUUGCAAGUGAUGUCGGUGCAGUCCACAGACAUUCCUCCCAAAGAGAAUGUGACAUAUGCCAAACAGACGCAGACGACCGCGUCCGGAGUCAGCGAACUGCGCGAUGGAUACAUGGAGGACUGGUGGCGGCCGCGCAAAGCACACGCAACCGAUUACUACGAUGAGUACAAUCUAAACCCGGGUUUAGAGUGGGAGGACGAAUUCACAGUGCUUACAUUCGACGGCGACGGCGCUCGGCAAGGCGACGAAGAGGAGGCGGCGUUCCAUGGCAAGCUCCCGCCCGGCAUACUGCCGCACGGCCUGCCCACCGUCAAGGAGGUGCAGCCCGCCGUCACGCAGGCGCCGCAGGAGAAGAAGGAUGAGGAGAAAGAGAAGAAAGUUCGUGAGCUGAGUGCGGACGAGAAGCAGACCAUCAUGCUAUCGCCGGAGUUCCAGCGGUUCAUGUCUAAGGCGGGGCGCGUCAUCGAGCGCGCGCUCGCCGAGUCCGUCGACAUCUACACCGACUACACCGGCGGCGGCGACAGCGAGAAUGCACUGGACGACAAAUCAGACGCCCGCCUGUCGCUGGUCCGUACGUUCUACGACGAGCGCUGGUCUCGCGGGCGCUGCGUGACGUGCCUGGACUGGUCGUCGGCUCACCCCGAGCUGAUGCUGGCGUCCUACCACAACAGCGAGGACGCGCCGCACGACCCCGACGGCGUCUGUCUCGUCUGGAACACCAAGUUCAAGAAGACCACGCCCGAAGAUAUCUUCCACUGCCAAUCGCCCGUUAUGAGCGCUACUUUCGCUAGGUUCCACCCGAACUUGAUUCUGGGCGGCACAUAUUCAGGACAGAUAGUGUUAUGGGAUAACCGCGUACAGAAGCGUACGCCUAUACAACGCACGCCGCUGUCUUCACUUGCACACACUCACCCGGUGUACUGCCUGUCGGUGGUGGGCAGCCAGAACGCGCACAACCUGAUCUCGGUGUCGACGGACGGGCGCAUGUGCUCGUGGUCGCUGGACAUGCUGUCGCAGCCGCAGGAGACGCUGGACCUGCAGCAUCGCCAGAGCAAGGCCGUGGCCGUCACGUCCAUGGGCUUCCCGCACGGCGACGUCAACAACUUCGUGCUCGGCAGCGAGGACGGGAACAUCUACACCGGCUGCCUGUACGGGCAGCGCGCGGGCGUGGGCGAGUGCGUGGAGGCUCACGCGGGCCCCAUCACGGGCGUGUCGUGUCACGCCGCGCCGGGCGCCGUGGACCUGUCGCACCUGUACCUCACCUGCUCCAUGGACUGGAGCGUCAAGCUGUGGAGCCAGAAGGAGAACAAGGCCCUGUACUCGUUCGAGGACAGCGGCGACUACGUGGUGGACGUGCGCUGGUCGCCGACGCACCCCGCGCUGUUCGCCGCCGCCGACGCCGCCGGCAAGAUCGACCUCUGGAACCUCAACCGCGAUACAGAGGUUCCUGUGGCUUCAAUCCAGGCGGAAGGUGGCGUAGCCUUCAACCGCUUGUCUUGGACGCCGUCUGGCACUCACAUUACAGCUGGAGACGACGCCGGCAAAAUAUGGGUGUACGAACUCGCUGAGCACGUGUCUCAGCCCCGUCACGACGAGUGGAGCAAGUUCGUGUACACUCUGCAGGAGCUACGCAACAACCAGGCGGACGAGGAGACCGACCGGCUGAGCCUGGCGGCCAGCGGCCCGUCGUCGCUGACGUCGCUCACCAGCCUGGCCAGCAACCCGCUCAGGUAACUGCUGCACCAGCACGCGCGACACUGGCCCUUGUGACUCCACGCCUUGGAUAUGCUAGUGUGAUGCUUAUGACAGUACUGAAGAGCUGUCCUAGGUGCUACUGUUACAACUCGAUUAUGGAAGUACGAAGAACACGCGACACUGAUGUGUUAGCUCAAAGAUUUGUAAUAUGUAAUUUUGCACAGCCAUUGAUUCAUUACAGUAUUGGCUAGGACACAAGAAUCAAGAAAUGUUUUGUAUAAGAUAUGUUACAAGUUUGUUAUGUGAUGUGUCUUAAAAGUAGGAAAGAAUUAAAGGUAUGAGAAUCAUGUGUGCUUGGAGAUCAGCUAAUAACUUAUCUGAUACAAAUUAAAGACUUUGUACUAAGUAUUACAUUAACAUGUUCAAGACUCAUUAUUGGAGGGAUAUGUAACAGCAGAUAAGUACUUCUGUUAUGCAAUGAUAGGAAUCAGGAAAUGUUUAGUUGCAAUAUACAAAUAUACUACAUAGUUUGUAUAAACAUAUUACGCACUAAUAAUUAGAUAGAAAACAUACCUUAUUGCUCUUCUAAACUUGCUUACUCCAUAAGAGAAAUAGAUGCAUAAGUAGUGUAUGAAAAUUCCUACUUUAAUAAGUGAAUAAGGCUAAGAAAAUCUCAUAUAUUUCGAUACUGUAAAUCAUUACCAUGCUUGACUCCAGUCAAACGCAAUUUGCUAAUAACUGUAUAUUAUUUACACAAAGACACUAAAUAUUGAAUGUUGUAACUAAACACUAUUUAAAACAUCUCUCUAUGAAAUUAGAUAGAAGAACAAAUAUGAAUGUUAUAAUUUAAAUGUUAGAUUCAAAUGAUAUGUAUAUAAGAACUUAAAAGCAGCUUGUAUUUAACUUAUACGAUAGUAAUGCGGCACAAGAUAAGGGUGACAUGCGAGAAUUUCUCAAUGUUUAACUAGACAUAAUAAAAAUGGAUAGCAAUGAAAUAAAACCGCAGGCGGGUCUAUUGGUCUAUGUAAAAGUAUUUACAUAUAAUUGUAGAUGUUAGUAGUUCUGCCACUUGCAUUUAUAAACUCAGAUGAGGUACUUAUGAGAUGUCUAUUAUCUUGUGUCACAAACUAAAGAUUAGGAAUAUAUUUUCACCCUGAUACUUACUAGAUACGACAUGAGAAUGUAACAGGUUAAGCUAGUUUAGUUUUGUGUUAUAUAACUAUUAGUUAUCUAUAUUCAUAUCGCUAAUAUUUAUUAAGUACAGGUACCUAUCUAUAGUAUUACUCAAAACUAAACAGAUAUUGCUUUAUUGUAAAGGUUAAAUCAAAUAAACAAUUGCUUUUAACAUAAAA